GCCAUGACAACACUGGGCCGCUGUCCUGGGUGGCCCUAAACCCACUUCAGGCCGAGGUCGGACCUGCUCUUCCUACGGUGCACUUUCUGGCUCCCGAGUGAGCUUCUUAGUACGGGCAUACGAGCUUUGGAGUUCUCGGCCGGGUCGCGGUUCGCCCAGGAGAACCUUGCUUCUCUCUAGUUAGCAUCCGGCGCUGACUGCCCCCACCUCCUCGAAGGUGACUGCCACAAAGGCCCCGGAACCACCGCUGUGCCGAGGGAAAGGACCGUGGGGCCAGCUUCUUCACGCGCAGCCUUGCAGCCAGAUGAAGCUCUUCAGGCCUUUGGUAACGCCAGCAUCCGAGAAGCCCAAAUAAGCAAACCCAAAGAAAUGUGUCAAGAAGGGUUGUCUAGACUCGCUCUGAGCAGCCACAGUAAACAGACCGAGUGCUCAAUGGGAGAGAGGAAGACACGAGCAACAGCCCCGGAAUUUAUGGACUCCUUGCUGGAGUGUCGAAGACACCCAAGCAGCAGCCUCCAGAAGGACUUUCCCCAGGUGAAAUCUGAGAAAAUCUGUCAGCCUUUGCAAAGAGAACAUCAGAAUCUCCAGGAGCCUGGGCAGCAGCCUAAAAAAUAUCUUACUCAGCGUCUGCUUGAAGACCUGGCUAAAGAUGCAGAGCCUCAGAACUGCCUCUUGAGGCAAGUGGAGUGCAUAGCACAGAGGCUGGGGGCGUCCCUGGAGGAAAUCCAGAGGAGAGCUGCGGAGCCACAAGAGAAGGAGAAAGAGCAGAGAAAGUUAGACGAUGUACUUGAAAAUGCACGACUGGAAAUUGAAAAAUUGAAAAACAAUCUGAUAAAACUGAAAGAAAGUGAUGCAACGGACUUACUGAAAGCAAAAGAACAUAACCAGAGGCUGGACGGGGAAAUUCUGGCUUUAAGAAACCGGGUUCGAUCGCUUGACUCCGAGAAAAAGUUGCUUGGAGAAAUGUACCUAACAUCUGGAGAGAAAGUGAACUGCCAGCAUCAAGGGGAAGUGCAGCAGCUGCGACAGAACCUGCACCGCCUGCAGAUCCUGUGCAACUCGGCUGAAAAGGAGCUGCGCUAUGAGCGGGGCAGGAGCUCGGACUUCAAACAGCACAACAGUUUGCUGCAGGAGGAGAACAUCAAGAUCAGAAUUGAACUCAAGCAGGCCCAGGAGAAGUUGCUGGACAGUGCCAGGGUGCAGUCCUCGCUCACAGCGGAGUGGAAGCACUGUCAGCAGAAAGUCAGGGAACUGGAGCUGGAAGGGCUUAGGCAGGCUCAGAGCAUUAAAUCCCAGCAGAGUCUGCAGGAAAAGCUGGCCCGAGAGCAGUCGAAGGUGGCCGAUGCACAGGAGAAGAUUUUGGACCUGCAGCAGAAAUUAGACCAUGCUCGACAAGUCUGCCUUUCAGAUGCUUGUAUUUUGCAUAAGAAACAACUAGAGGAUGAGAUCAAGGAAGCAAGGAGCAGUGAGGCUAGGCUGCAGCAGCAGUGUCAGGAGGAGCAGCAGAGGAGGGUACUCCUGGACCAGGACAUAAACGAGCUCCAGAAGCAAGUGAGAACCUUGCAGGAGAAGGAGAACCAGCUGGAGGCAACCAAUUCCCAGCAGCAAGAGGCUCUGCGCAAAGAGCUGGAAAGUGAGAGCAGAAAGUGUGAAGAGUACCUCAAGAGCAACCAGGAACUGUCAGAGAAGCUAUCAAGGUUACAGCAAGAAAAGGAUGCUCUCUGGCAAGAACGCGGGCGAAUUUUGGAGCAACUUGGUGAGCAAGUGAGAAACUACAAAGACAAACACCACUGUCACAAGGCCAAGCUUCAAAAGGUCAAGGACCGUCUAACUCAUGAGUUAGAAAUGCGAAAUAAGAGGAUUAAAGAACUCGAAGAAGGAACUGGGAAACUGCAACAAAAGAUUGAAAUGGAGAAGGAGUUCCAGGGCCAGAUAAUGACCCAAAAUGACAUCCUCCUCCUGGAAAAGAGGAAGCUGCUAGAGCAAGUCACAAAUCAAGAAGAACUGAUCUGCAGCAAUAAGUCCACAAUCUCUGCGAUCCAGAGCAAGGCAUUUUUACUGGAUAAAGAAAACCAGCAACUGCAGGAAAACUGCCUCCGGCUCAUGCAACAAAUCAGUCUCUUAGAACGCAUUAUAAGGAGCAUCCAGAUUCGCAGAGUGGAAGAAUCAAUAAUCAGUGACAAUGCUGCUUUUGAAAUACUCAAAAAGAUACUACCUUUGCCGAGCUCCAGUUUCUCAGGAACAGGUUUGGUAUUGUCAGCUGAAAAUCUCCGGGAGACUGAACUAAAUAAAUCAGAAGGAACAACAGCAAUUCCCAAGUCCCCUGAACCUCUUUCAUGUUCACAGAAUUCUGAAAGUGGAUAUAUAAAUGUGACUUCUCUAAAAGAGACAUACAACAUGCAAGGGGACCAAAAGCUAGGACUAUGACAUCACUGUUGUCUAAAGCAGUGCUAACUGAACCUAGAGACUCGGAGCAUGGAUGUAAAGACGGAAACUGACCUGGAGAGGCCUCACAGAACACCCUGGAAAGCAGCAAGGAGUCUUCAAAAUUGCUGACAAAACAGUCAUUAAAAACUUUCUAAAAAUGGA